UGUGUGUAUGUGUGUGUGUGUGUGCGCGUGUGUGUGUGUGUGUCUUCAGGAAGCCUCUCUCACACACUGCAGUGGAAAGCAGGGUGGCUGCUGCUUCACUCGGCCAUGCGCUGAACGAUGGUGCAUCAGGAGAAAUGUGUUUACCAGGCCCAAAGGAUCGAGAGGGAGUCCAUCAGACAGAAACUGGCCCUCGGCAGUUUCUAUGACGACGGGCCUGUUUUCUUCGCCGGCAACAGCUGCUCGUCCCCACGGUUUCAGAACAGUGUGAACCUCCAGGUGUGCUUUGUGAAUGACAGCAGCAGUGAUAAGGACAGUGAUGCUGAGGACAGCAGGACAGAGACGAGCCUUGACACACCCUUGUCUCCUGUGAGUAAACAGAGCUCGUCUCUCUCGGACCGGGACACUUGUGAGGAGGAGGAAGAGGACGGGGAGUUUUGGCGGCUGCAGCGGCGGCUUGAGGAGGAAGCACGCGGGGCUCUGGCUCUGGCUCGGCCCAUGGCACGCAUGCAGGUGGAGGUGGAGAGACAUGUGCAGCUACACCGCAGGUCUCCGGUGGCCGAUCUGUUGCCUCACAUGCCACACAUCAGCGAGAGUCUAAUGAAGAGGAGUCUGAGGCCCAUGGACCUGAGAGACAUGAGUCUGGGUCAGUUACAGGUCAUCACCAAUGACCUCCACUCACAGAUACAAGGCCUAAAUGAGGAGCUUGUGCAGCUGCUGCUCCUGAGAGACGAGCUUCAUAUGGAACAGGACGCAAUGCUGGUGGAUGUGGAAGACCUGACCAGGCAUACGCACAGUCAGCAGAGACACAUGUCCAAAAGAAAAGGCGCCUGCUCCCUGUGACCUCCUGACCCUCUGGAGCAGUUCAAGGUCGUUCGACAAUGUUGUGAUAGCGCUCGCAUCUCAGCUUAACUAGACGCGCGUGUCUCUUUUCAUGUGUUCCAAGCUUCAUGUGGAUGUGUUCAGUGUCAAUCAGUCAUGCCGUGAGCUUUCAUGCAUGCCCACACUAAAGCAGUAAGGAAUGUACAGGUCCUUGGUGUAAGACUUGCACGCUCAUGUGGGGCAUAAAACCUAAAAUCUAUAUAUAGUAUAAAAUGGAUCAGCGUUACUAGAUAUUGUUAAGCUGUACGAGUGUAAGGUGCAUUCUGCAGCGAAUUUGUUCAAUAUCAUAUACAAUUCACUUUAGAGAAGAUCUGGCUUGUGCAGAUUCCAUACAUUUGUUAUGAAAAUCCCACAGAUAAAGGAUCAAAUUCUAAUUAUAGAGUUCUAAUUCUAGUUCUAAUUCUAGUUAUUAUGUCAAUAUAGUUAUAUUUUUGUAAUUUUAUAGUUAGAUUGUUUAUCAUUCUAGCUAUUCUAUAAUUAUAGUUAUAUAGUAAUUCCAUAAGUCUAGCUAUUCUGUAAUUAUAGCUAUAAUUCUUUAACUCUAGCAUUAUACCUCUCUAAUUUUAUUAUUUUAUAGGUGUAGUUCUAUCAUUAUUGACUUCUAAUUGUAGUUGUACUUGUAACGCUCACUAUUUUAUAAUUAGAGUUAUAAUUCUAUAAUUAGGUAGUUAUAAUUGCAGUUAGAAUUCUACAAUUCUGGCAUUGUAGUUAUAACUCUACAAUUAUGGAGUUGUGGUUAUAAUUCUUUAAUUCCCUAGCUAUCGUUUUGGUUAUAAUUCUAUCACUUUUUAUAAUUAUAAAAUCACUUUAGCAUUACAUUUAUAGUUCUAUAACUAUUGAAUCCCACACAAAAGUACAGAAUGAGGAUUAUAGCAAGCUUCUUUUUUUUUUUUUCUGUGCAAGCAAAUUUGCAGCUGUAUUAGCAAUGGUUUAACCGCCUUCCGUUAGAAAUAACGUAUAGUCUUAAAAUUUUUGCCAUAAUCCUUGGUUUAGUCACCCAAAGGCAUCGCAGAACACUUUGUUAAAUGGUGGAGCAUUAAAUGUUGUCUCUUAACAUUAAAAUGCGUUUGAA